UCGAAAUAAAGAGAUCUGGGGGUCUUAAUUAUUCCUUUUCCUUUUCUUUUUCUUUUUCCUAUUUUCUGAAACGUCAAAAAGUUGAUCUUACCACCAAAGCGAAAGAUCGAUCCCUCCUUGCGUAUAAGCAAACUCUUAUCGAUAGAGAGGGCUAGGAAAAUGGGUUACAUGUGUAGAGAGACGGAGGAUAGCUCAUGGCGGCGUCUGGCAUUCUUAGCUUCGAUUUCUCUGCACUUCGUCUUAGGUCUAUCAGGCGAUUCCAAGAGUACAAACACAGGAGUCAAGGCAGAGUCACACGCUUCUUCCAGCAGAACAGGCACAAAAGUAUUCCUAAUACUGGUCGGAUUCGUGGCUGUAGCUAUGUUCUCCUUCUUUCUAUACAAGCUAUGGCAGAAGAAGAAAAGAGACGAGCAGUAUGCCCGACUGCUAAAGCUUUUUGAGGAAGAUGAUGAACUAGAGGUUGAGCUUGGCCUUCGAGAUUAAAAAGUUUCAAGCUGUCUACCAUAUUUGUUUGUGUUGGCUUGUUUUUACCAUGUAAGAUAAAUUAUAGGUAUUAAGAAGGAUCAGAGCUUGUCUUUGGUUAAAGUUUUUACUUUCAAGUGAUCUUAUGUUUUGUUAUCUUGGUGAAAUAUAUAAUAAUGCCCACGAAAUUUUAUUUUUA